GAACCCGCUCUUCCGUUCCCAGGGUGCCCCGCCCACAGUUCAGGCGAAAAAUGGCGGGGUCUUCUGAGUUGAGGGUCCUUGACCCGCCAUGGGACAAGGAGCUCGCAGCCGGGUCAGAGAGCCAGGCCUUGGUCUCCGCCACUCCCCGAGAGGACUUUCGGGUGCGCUGCACUUCGAAGCGGGCCGUGACCGAAAUGCUACAACUGUGCGGCCGCUUCGUGCAAAAGCUUGGGGACGCUCUGCCAGAGGAGAUUCGGGAGCCCGCUCUGCGAGAUGCGCAGUGGACUUUUGAAUCAGCUGUGCAAGAGAAUAUCAGCAUUAAUGGGCAAGCAUGGCAGGAAGCUUCAGAUAAUUGUUUUGUGGAUUCUGACAUCAAAGUACUUGAAGAUCAGUUUGAUGAAAUCAUAGUAGAUAUAGCCACAAAACGUAAGCAGUAUCCCAGAAAGAUCCUGGAAUGUGUCAUCAAAACCAUAAAAGCAAAACAAGAAAUUCUGAAGCAGUACCACCCUGUUGUACAUCCACUGGACCUAAAAUAUGACCCUGAUCCAGCCCCUCAUAUGGAAAAUUUGAAAUGCAGAGGGGAAACAGUAGCGAAGGAGAUCAGUGAAACCAUGAAGUCCUUGCCUGCAUUAAUUGAACAAGGAGAGGGAUUUUCCCAAGUUCUCAGGAUGCAGCCUGUUAUCCACCUCCAGAGGAUUCACCAAGAAGUCUUUUCCAGUUGUUAUAGGAAACCAGAUGCUAAACCUGAGAACUUUAUAACACAGAUAGAAACCACACCAACAGAGACUGCUUCCAGGAAAACGUCGGAUGUGGUACUGAAAAGAAAGCAAACUAAAGACUGCCCCCAGAGAAAAUGGUAUCCAUUGCGGCCAAAGAAAAUUAAUCUUGAUACAUGAGUUUUUUCUGUUUAUUUUGGGAGUUGAAAAUAGGCACCAUCAACAUUUAGAUUACAGCCUAAUUAAUACCUAGAUAAGACUUCAUUUGAAAUAAGAAAUAACUCUUUUACUAGUGAUUCAUUUAUGCAAAUAUAGUAUCUCUGUGUGGGGAUACGAUAUAAUAUUGUAUUUCCUUGCCGUUUUAUCUAUUGUAAAUAAAAAGCAUUUUAAAAAGUAUUGACACAAAGCCCAUCAGUGGGCAUUAAAAAUAUUAAAAGUGCAGACUUUUACUGUCCUUAAGUGCCACCAACUCUCAGCUCCCUUGUAGCUUUUGUGGGAUUUAACAAGUAACAAAUUCUGUUGUGUUUCCCUGGUAUACAUCUUUCUAGGAAAAAAAAAAGAGAGAGAGCUGUAUAAUGAUUUUUUGUUUACAUGCUGAAAAGUAAUUAUCAGUUCUGCACAGCAGCAGAUGCAGGGUUUUUUUUAAAGAUGUAGUUUGAUUUAUCAGAUUAAUGUGCUGAUGAUAAUACUGGCUUUGACUUUGUUACUCCAUGUUCAGCUAAUUUAGGUUUGUGAGAUUAAUUUUAGGAAUUUUUUUGUGUAAGACAAUGAUGACUAUUAUUUGUGCAACAUUACUCUUUGAAAUAAAAAUUGGCAUGUAGCCAAUGUUUCCUGCCCACA